AUGGAUCUUGACGGGGAGAAUCUAGGAGGAUCAUUUGGUCUGGGCAAAGUCCUCGCUUCGUCUGGAAUUGACCCUUCCGCCUUCUCCUCUUUCUUCUCCAAGACUUCUGGUGGCGAGGCCCGGGCAGGCAACUCUGCAUUCGAUGAUGUAGAUGCCCAGUCGGACAAUGGAGAGAAUUAUGAGGACGAUGUCUCGGACUCAGAGCUCCCUAGGGAGACGGCCGAGGAAUUGAGAGCUAGGGAAGCUAGAAAGGCAGAGGAGGAAAGAUGGGUCCGAAGAGCUCAGGCAAUGCAAGCUCAGGCGGAGAGUGAAAAGGCCAAGGAGGCCAGAGAGAGGAAAAAGUUGGAAAAGGCGCAGAGCGAUGCUGGGCGAGUCAAGAAGCUCUGGCCAGAUUUCGAGCACGGCAAGAGACUCAAGAUGAGUGAGGUGUUCUACGAAACACCCGCAAUGAGGCGUGCUUGGAGAGCCGACCUGAGCAGGAAGAAGAGACGGAAAGUAGAGCACAUUGAGUACCCGUUCAAAGUCGCAGCGGAUACAGACCUACCACCACAAUCGCUGUUCCUGCAGCAUCUGGAACCUCUACCGAGCGUCGACUCUCACUCGGCGCUUUAUGAGACCCCUAUCGGACGAUACUUCGACCCAGAAUGGAUCAAGUCUGCAAAGACCGCUCGGCUCAUAGACUUGAAACGUCCCCCACACGGAAUAGAUCUCGACUUUACCCCUCUUACGCCUUUCACCGAGGACACAGGGAGUGCAUCGUUGAACCUCGUAGACUGGGAGGAUGACAUUAUCUUCAACGCGCUCUCGGUGCAGGAAGAAAAGGACAACCCUAUAGAGCCGCUGAAACCUCGGAACGACAUUCUCGACUCAGGAGAUUGGCUCAGUGAUAUUAUCUGGGACGCGUCGCGCUUAUCUCCCGGCCUUGUUCAGAGCGAUGAGGAGUCGGACGAUGUAGCUCGACCUGCAGCAUUGACUUCUGGCCCAGUUCGGACCGGACCUCUGGCCAAAUUGGACCCUUACAACAUUUCAAACGACCACUUGUAUGAAAGAAGUCGCGAGUCACGCUAUAGGAUCCGUCAAACUUUCGGUGCUAUUGAAGUGUUCCACUCGGCCCCAGCGAAGAAUCUACAGAUCCCUUUCUACAAAACAACCUUGUCCAAAGCCGAGGCGCGCGCUUGGCGGAGACCCGCACUGCAAUUCCCCACAGGCGUCACAUUGUCCUUUUCCAAAUUGAAAUCCAACCCAUCGGCCACCAUCAGCAAGAAGAACAAGGCAUUGAUGGCAGAUCCAUCCGAGCGAUUCAAAACGACUAAAGAUUUGAGCAUGUCUGAGAAGGGUCCAUAUGUGUUGUUGGAAUUCUCGGAGGAGUAUCCACCAAUCAUGAGCGGGUAUGGCAUGGGAACAACGAUCGUCAACUAUUAUCGAAAAAAGGACGACAGGGACGAGUCGGUCCCAAAGCUCGAUUUCGGUCAACCAUCCAUUCUCAACGUGGGAGAUGGCGAACCUUACCUUUUGGGCUAUGUCGAUCGAGGCAAGGUAACGCAAAUUAUUCACAACAAUUUACUCCGAGCUCCCAUAUUUCGACAUCAGCCAGAGUCGUCAGACUUCUUAGUUGUGCGUCAAACCAUCAACGGUCAUGCGUCAUACUACCUCCGAAUGAUCAACAACUUGUUCACUGUCGGUCAGACUGUACCCAACGAGUCCGAAGUGCCAGGCCCACACGCUAGAAAGAAUACCAAUACGGCUAAACAACGACUCAUGAUCGUCGCUUGGCUUUUGAUGCAAAGAAACAAGCAGGGCAAGCUUAAAUUGAGCAAGUUGAUCAAAUACUUCCCGGAUCAGACAGAGUUGCAGAUCCGACAGAGACUGAAAAUCAAAGGAAAUGAAUUCCUUAUGUACGCUCGUCGUGAGGGCCCGAAUCAAGGUUUCUGGCAAUUGAACCCCGACUAUGAUUUCCCAAAGACCAGGAAGGAAGUCAUUGAGCGAUGUCCACCAGAAGCGGCGAUGCUGUACGAGGCCAUGCAAGUCGGAGCCCGACAUUUGCAUGAUGCGGGAUACUCGAAGACUGCCGAGGGCAAGGAAGAUGACGAGUUCGGAGACGAUUCAAACUUGGACGUCGAACAGCAGCUGGCCGUAUGGAGCACCACGCUCAAUUUCAAGCGCGCAGAAACGUCCAAAGCUUGGCUGAUGGUGCAUGGAGAAGGCGAUCCAACGGGCCGAGGAGAGGGAUUUAGCUUCUUGCGGACGAAUAUGAAGAGUUACUUUUUGCGCAAAGGGGAGACAGAGCAAGGCAGACGAUUGGAGGCAGAGGAGAAAGCCGGGGGCAACGUUGUUAAAAUCUCGAAUACGGCCCAACAGAUCAUCUACGAGGAAGAGAAGCGUAAAGUUUGGGAUCUUCAAUGGGCUGCGCUCAGUAACCCUGUACCGCCUGAGCUCAAAGGGGAGGAUGAUCUUGACAGGCCUGGCGCGACUUCUGCCGCGCUCGGUCCGAGGUUCGCUCGUUCCGACAGCCGACGAGCGUUGUCCCGAGGUAACUCGAUGGCUGCAACCCCGAUAGAGAGCCCUCGUUCCCCGAGCGCGUUCUCAGCAGACGGCGAGAGCGCUUACACGGGUAACGCUGGGGCAGGCAAGGUCAUGCGAAUCCGCCGUACGAUCAAAGGCAAGCAAGUGACUGAGAUUGUUAGAGAUCCAGCGGUCAUCGCUUCGUAUAUGAAACGGAUCGAGGAGCAGAAACUGAACUACUACAUGGACCAUCCGGAUGAGCUUGAGCCCACGGGUGCAGAUGAUGCCAUCAAGAUGGAAGCCCUCCGCAAGAACCUCGAAAAGUUCAAGAAGAAUCAGCUCCGGCGAGCGGCUAGGAAGAAGAGUAUGGCUGGCGAGUUGACGGUGUAUGAAGGUGACGAUGAGAUUGGCAGACGAAAAUGCGGGGCGUGUGGGCAAGUCGGGCACACCCGUGCCAAUCGAGCUUGUCCAAAGUACAAUGCCAACACGGCUCCAUCCCCCGUCGGCACUACACCCGGCGCUCAAGCUGGAAUGUAUGGUAUGACCUAUGUUCCCUCACCUCACGAGGGAUCCAUGCCUCCACCACCUACAGAAGGAUCGACAAACAUCAAGAUCAAGCUGGGUCUAAACAGACCUCCCUCUGGCGCAUAA